AUGAAGUGGAAGGGUUUGUGGAUGAUGGUGUGGAAAAAAUAUCUCAACUGUGCAAGCAAAUUUCUGUAUUCAUGGUUAGGGGGCUCUAUGUGAGUUGGAAAUAUGUUUUAAGUUACUUUGCAACAUCCACUGGGCUGACUUCUCUGAAGUUAAAGGAAAAAAUCGAAAAAAAUAUCAAAGCUGCUCAUGAAUUGGGCCUUUAUAUUAGAGCAAUUGUAUGUGAUCAAGGCUCAAAUAACCGCGGAGCCUUUAAAAAAUUUGGGGUGAGCUUGGAAAACCCAUAUUUUAAAGUCGAUGGUCAUAAAAUUUUUGCCAUCUACGAUGUCCCACAUAUUAUAAAAUCAUUACGAAAUAUCUUAAUGAAAAAUUGUAUCGAAACACCUGAUGGACCAGUAUCAUGGAAAAUUAUGUCCAAAAUUAACAAGUAAGCACAUAUACCCCAAUUCAUUUGAAAAGAUGAAAGUGAAAUAUGCUACACAAGUAUUUAGCCACACGGUAUCCUCUGCAAUCAAAACAUUAAUUGAAAGUGGCAAUUUCGAUGAUUGCAGGGAUGUAGCAUAUUCAACUGCUAUUUUCUUGGAAAGGGUAAAUAAAAUGUUUGAUUGCUUAAACAGCAAUAAUCUAAGUGACAAAAACCCAAUGAAGUCGGCUCUACAAAAAAAUAACAAUGUGGAAAAAUACAUUAUGGAAAUGAAAGAGUAUUUUGAGAAGUGUCGUUAUCCCAGCAAUGUAUAUUGUAUUGAUGGACUUAUUCUCUCUAUGAAUUCAAUACUAUUGCUUGCACACGAAGUAUGGAAUGAAAAUACAGAUGUUUACUUCUUGAUUUUGUCUCGACUGAAUCAAGAUGCAUUGGAGAACCUUUUCUAUCUAAUAAGAAGUAGAGGGGUUACCAACAAUAAUCCAAUGCUCUUCGAAUUUAACGCAAUCAUUUCAAAAAUGUUGUCAAUGAAAAUCAUUACCUCAAAAAGUACAAGUGGAAACUGUGAACCGGAUGAUGACAACAUGCUUAUAAAUGUGAUUGAUGAGGCAAAGCGAGAAAUUCAAGUCGAAAUUUCGGAGACCAAAGAACAGUUACCUUGCCAAGAGGUUGCCUUAGAAAAAUGCAAUAAUGAACAUAGCCCUCAUAUAACCGAGACUAUGGAUUUGUCUUCCACUAAUGUUAUUAGUAAAAGUAGUGAAAACGCAUUGCGUUAUUUUACAGGUUUUGUGUUGUAUAAGUCGCAACAAAAGUUUAAUUGCGACACCUGCGGCGAACUUUUAAAGGACAACAUUGUGCACUGCGAAAAUUCAGAGCAAUUUUUGUUCAAUAAAAACUUUAAAAGUAUUAAUAAUAAUUUAAAGCUCAAGGCCCCACAAGACGAUUUUUUUAACUUAAUAAAAUUACUUUACAAUAUAUUCCACGAUAUCUUUACAAAGAAACCUCAUAUGCGGAAUAUCAAGCAAAUUAUUUAUAACCAAUGCAUUUUACAAACUGAAAGCGAUUUCUGCUUCGAAAGAAUAGUAUUUGGCUUUCGGAAAAAUUAUUAG